AUGGAAGGCUCCGCGCUUCACCUCGAGAACCGAACCCAGGUCAUAGUUUGGUACCGUUACUCGGUCUUCUCCUUCAACUGUCGCUUUCUUUCUUCGCUCUUUGUUCUCUUCCCCACGCUGCGCGAGAACUACAAGCAUGCCACCACCACCUCGGUGAGCAAGAGGAGCGUGUUCGCGCACUACCUCGAGGCCUGCAAGAGGCAGAGCGUGGCCACUCCCAUUUCGCACACCUACUUCGGCAAGCUGGUGCGCAAGGCCUUCCCCGACGUGAGGUGCAAUCGCAAGGGUCCCCGCGGCUCGGCCCAGCAGCACUACCGCCUCAUCCGCGCCGACGGCGGCGAUGCCGACGAGUUCCUCAGCGCCCACUUUGGCGACGAGCUCGAGGCCGAAGAAGCGGCCGAGGAGGAGUACCGGGCCAAGCGCGCCAAGCGCAGCAGCAGCAAGAAGAAGACCACGCGGCCGCGCUCCGCAAGAACGGCGUCUCGACGUCGACCGCCGGCCGCGUCCGCAACAUGCGCCUCCAGCAGCAGCUCCAGCAGUCUCGCCCAGGCCCAGUUCGCGAUCCCGCAGCCGCCUCAGCAGCAUCAGCAGCACCAGCAGAGCAUGGGCUACUUCGAGCCGUCGGCCUUCUACGACUUCGUGUCGCCCGACCUCGAGAUGCCGCUCUCGGCCAUCAACCAGGUCAACCUCGCCGAGGACUUUGGCUGGAGCGUGCCCUCCAUGCCCUCGGCCGUCGUCGUCGACAACUGCGCGUCGGCCUACCAUCACCAGCAGCAGGCCCACUACUACCAGCAGCAGCAACAGCAGCCGGUCCACUCCUAUCUUCUGGCCGACCAGCUGCCCGCCACCCAGUGCUCCGAUCUCGCCGAGUGGGUGGCGCACUACUGCAACUAA